UGUUCAUUUNUUGUUUUUUUUUUUAAGAAACCGCAAUCACUAUCGUAUUACUGAUUAGCACAGAUUAGCACAGUUGAAUAAUUGGUUGAGGCGAAAUCCGAUGGCGUGAAAAUGGACCUAGCACCAUUUGAAAAUUGUUAGCCUUGGAAUGUUCCAUUCAUGGUUUCGGGCUUUUUCAGCCCGAAAAUACUGCCACGCACUUUGUCUACUAUCAAGAAAUGCUAGUACGAAGAGUUCUAUACCUAAUCAGAUCUCCAGAUUCUCAGAAAAUGGAAAUGGGGUCUUCUUGAAUGCUACAAAACAUGGGGGUACAAUAAUAUAUCGCAUGGGAGUUUCACCUUUCAGUGCGGUCAAAUGGGGGUCAAUCAGUACACCCAGUUUACGCGUUAGUCAAGCUGCAGCAAACUUAUGCACGAUACCGGAGCAUGAAGUCCAGAAUGAUUUGUUAGGUCCUGUUGUUUUGUCACCAUUAAAGGACCCCAAAAAAGAAACGAAAGAAAUCCAAGAAAUCGCUGAUCACUCUGAUUGUGACGAGCCGAAAGAAAAACUGAUAUCUUCGAAAACAGUCGAUUUCACCAAAAUUCCUAUUGAGAAGCUCCCGACCGUCAUUAUCAUAGGGCGUCCAAAUGUUGGGAAAUCUGCAUUGUUUAACCGUUUGGUUCGGAGGAGGGAGGCUCUUGUUUACAACACCCCUAAUGACCAUGUCACACGUGACAUACGGGAUGGUGUUGCUAAAUUGGGUGAUUUGCGGUUUCGUGUUCUGGAUUCAGCUGGCCUGGAGGCAGAGGCGUCUUCAGGUUCUGUUCUUGGGAGAACUGCUGCCAUGACAGAAGAUGUGCUGUCAAGGGCCCACUUUAUUCUCUUUCUCAUUGAUGCAAGAGAUGGACUGCAACCCAUGGAUUUGGAUGUUGGUAAGUGGUUAAGAAAGCAUGCAGCGGGUAUCAAGACUGUUGUCGUAAUGAAUAAAUCAGAGCUGCUUGAUGACAUUAAUGGUACUCUAGCUUCUGCUGCUGCUGAGGCUUAUACAUUAGGGUUUGGUGAUCCCAUUUCUCUGUCUGCUGAAACUGGGUUUGGGAUGACGGAAUUGUAUGCAGCUCUGAGGCCAUACCUGGAAGACUUUGUACUCAAGUUCAUUGAUGAUGAGGAUGUGUUGGGCGACAGCUACUCUGAGGAAGAGGACAUUGACUCCAAGCUUCCAUUGCAAUUGGCAAUUGUAGGGAGACCAAAUGUAGGGAAGUCCACUUUGCUAAAUGCCUUAUUACAAGAGAAUCGAGUUUUGGUUGGACCUGAAGCUGGCUUGACGAGAGAUUCCAUUCGAGUUCAGUUUCAGUAUGAAGGGAGAAACGUCUAUCUUGUCGACACUGCAGGUUGGUUGGAGAGGACAAAGCAGGACAAGGGUCCAUCAUCGUUGAGCAUUGUGCAGACGAGGAAGCAUCUCAUGAGGGCUCACGUAGUUGCUUUGGUUCUUGAUGCUGAAGAGAUUGCAAAAGGUAGACGGAGCAUGAAUCAUGCUGAAGUAGUCAUUGCCAGGCGGGCUGUCGAGGAAGGGCGGGGUUUGGUGGUUGUGGUUAACAAGAUGGAUCUUUUGAGAGGGAAAAAGAAUACAAAAAUGUACGAAAGUGUUAUCAAUGCUGUGCCUGAAGAAAUUCAGACUCUGAUACCACAGGUGACUGGUAUACCUGUGGUAUUUGUUUCUGCUAUAGAAGGUAAAGGCCGGUUGUCCAUGAUGCGCCAAGUAAUCGAUACAUACGAGAAAUGGUGCCGCAGGCUGUCGACAGCUCGUCUCAACCGCUGGCUUCGCAAGGUUAUGAGCAGGCAUUCCUGGAAAGAUCAGUCAGCCCAGCCCAAGGUAAAGUACUUUACUCAGGUGAAAGCCCGACCCCCCACAUUUGUGGCGUUUGUGAGCGGGAAGGCCCGACUCUCAGAAACGGACCUGAGGUUCCUUACAAAGUCACUCAAGGAGGAUUUCGAGUUAGGAGGGAUUCCAGUGAGAAUAAUGCAGCGUGUGGUGGUUAGGAACUCUGAGGGUAAAGACGUCACAGGGAGGAAAAGCACACUGCCGGGCAGGAAAGUGUGUGAAAGAAUGGCGUCGGCCAAGAGAGGGAUUGUCUCUUCGGAAAAUGUCCUUGCUGCAUGAAGGACUAAAUGUGUUUCUUUUUUAAUUAUGUGGUCUGUCUUUUAUUUUUGUCUGUACAUAUAUGCUAGAAAAGGGAUUAGAAUUCUGAAUUUGAUUAUUGAGUUAAUUGAUAGAAAAUAUAUUAGUGUCUGGAUAUAUUAUUUGG